AUGCAACGACCUCUGGGUGCCCAGCUCGAGCUGCACCAACUGCAACUCGGGAGGUUCGACCUACGACGUAUCUGCGUCCUCGAUUCACUCGAGGAUACAUACGGCAGCGGCGCGUUCGAGGGCACGCUCGUGCAGGACACUGUCAAGAUGGGCGGCUUCACCGUUUCAAGCCAGCAGGCGCGAUCACGUAUCAGAACGAAACCGACGGCGAAACUGUUCUCUACGGAAGCGCAAGGGCUAAUGGGCUCCGCGUGGAAAACGCUCGCGCAGGCCGGCACUCCGUUCUGGCUCGAUCUUGUCGAGACGGGCCAGUGGGAUGAGCCCCUGAUGGCGCUGCAGCUCACGCGGUUUGGUAACCACACGAGCGCAAGCGACACGGAGCCUGGAGGAUCGUUUACGAUGGGCUACACCAAUUCCAGCCUCUUCACAGGCUCGAUCGAGUACCACAAUCUCACCGAAACACCGACCUGGUGGGUCAUCAACAUCUCUGCGGAAGCGAUGAUCGACUCCGGCACAACGCUCAUCUACGGCCCCGCGUCCACCGUCGAGGAGGUAUACUCGAUAAUCAGCUACCGUUCCGGCCUCAGCAAACGCAGCAAACGUUUGCGCAACCCCGCUAACACUCAAAAUGUAGCUAGGUUGGGUCAUGUUUCAUUUUCGCAGUAG